AACACAGUCUGAUUUCAAAUGCAAGACUGAAUCUACAGACUACAUCAACAUUCAACAUUAUUCAGAAUUAGCUUAUAUUCACAACAAUAACAGAGGUUGGAGACACAGUAGCGACUGAACUAGCCCAUCGGACUUUAGCCACCAAGCUUCCUCUCUCACCCAUCACCAUGGGCCAACUCUACAAUCCAGAAGAGCAGCGGUCGCCGGUAGAUUCUCGCCAAGCGCCUAGAAAGCGCAGACGAGUGGUGAUUUCAUGCACAGAGUGCCAUCGCCGUAAACAAAAAUGCGAUAGACGACUGCCUUGCGCAAACUGCGUAACGCGCGGUAAAGAACACAACUGUAUCUACGAAGACGAUGCACCGACAGCUAAAGCAUCCCGACGCUCUCCGCUUCCUCUAGCAUCGAUCGAACGCAACGGCAACGAUGAGCCUCGGGUGCCGUCACCAACUACAGCAGCAGCUGGCGCAUCAUUGGCAUCCAUGGCGGCGCAGCUAGGCUAUGGACACUCUGGAUCAUCUACCAUGGGUCUAUUGAAGUCAAUAGAGACAGCACCGAAAGAGUCGCCGGCUGGUGGCCAAACCCAUGACCGUGUACCGUCGGCAUUUGACGCUCACACGGCUGCCGUGCGGGACAAGUACAAGAGCCUGGUGCGGCAGCUGCCCUCCAAGAUGUACAUUGACAAGCUUGUGCGGAUAUAUUUUGCCGAGAUUAACGACAUGUACAACUUUAUCGACGAGGCGCCGUUUUACCAGCAACUGGCAGAGUGGAACAGGAUGCCGUUUAGCACGCUGUCGUCGGCGACGGGCGGGCCUGGUGCUCUGACAGCCGACAUGAAGGUGUUUCCGGCCAUUUUGUUCCAGAUGCUGGCGUGCGCAGUGCUGGUGCUGCCUGAGGAAGGGGAUGUUGUGUUUGAUGCGCUCAAGUACGCGGGUGAGAUGACGUUUGAAGAUCUAGCCAAGGACUACAGCGAGUCGGGCGUGGCGGUGGCCGCCCUCUUCGGCAAAUCAAAUGUGUGUGUUAACACAGUGCAAGCUGGGUUCCUGCGUUCACUGUUCCUUAAGUACAUUGCCAACGUCACCGAGUGCUGGCAUACGGUGUCCAUUGCGAUCCGUGAUGCGCAGGAGAUUGGCAUGCAUCGUGAUAGCCUGGACCCCAAGCCCAAGGACGACAGUCUGGAGAGUCUGGUCGAGAAUCAGUGGUACAUCCAGCGGCGGCGAAAGAUGUACAUGAUUCUUGUCACUUGGGACAUUAAUAUGGCGGUAUUUCUGGGGCGACCAGACGGCGGCUCAUGGACAUCGACACUACCCUCACUACCUAUUGACACGGCGGAUCCUCAAGAUAGCCGGUAUACGCCGAUUGUCGUGCGCGGCGAAGACUCACCGCCGUCGCUGUACACCAAGAACCUGUGGCUGUUCCGGCUAGCCCGGCCGAUCAAGGAGAUUCACGACCUAGAGAAGGAGGGCGUCCGCCCGCGCGAGUUUAGUAAAGUCGACGAGGUGCACCGGAUGAUUAUGGAUCUCGAAGAGCAAAAGCCCGCAGCGUUUCGCAUGAAGAACCCAGAUAUGCGGUGGGAUAAUGAUCCCAAUUUGCAGUGGCUGAGCAGCACGCGGCCGUACUUUAUGCAGAUGCAUUACUUUUCUUUGAUGGCGCUGCAUAGACCCUAUGUGUUUCACCGCAAGGAGAGCAGGGCUGCGGCGCUGCAGGCGAGUUUGGAGAUGUUGGAGGUGCAGCGCAGCACAUUCAAGUAUCUUGCGCCCUCGUCCUGGCGAAAUUUCAACCUCUUCUUUGGCAGCUUCGAUGCCCUUGUCAUGAUUGCCUCGAUAUACAUCAUCUUCCCCCAGGAACACCCCGAGCUACGCGACAACGCGGUACAACACUUCCACUGGACCAUGGAGCGCUACAACACCAUGAAGGACCGUAACGCCAUGGCGAACCAGGCACAGAAUGUGCUUGCAGCGAUUCAGGCUCGCUUUGUGUACGCCAUGGGCACACACACCCCGUCGCUGGCAUCGCCAGCUGCGUCUUCUACCCGUGAACCAUCUCUCAUGUCGGCCUUGUCGCACCCUACACCAGACAGCUCUGUUUCGGUUAGUAGCAGCACAAACGGUAAUCAUGUCGCCGCAUCGUCAUCUCUACGGGGUUCCUAUAUUCCUGAAGCAACGCCCACUACCGCGCAGCAGUGGGAUAUGUGGGCGAGCAAUAACCUGGCGUCCAUGGCACCGACGUAUCCGACAACAGACUUGCUGUACAACGACUUGAUGGUUAUGAAGGAUACACAAUUCCCAGAGGCCCCGCAGGACAAUCUGCAAUUUGGGGGUGAUUUUGAAGAGAACACAUUUUGGCAGUUUUUGAAUCAACUGCCGUCUGGCACAGGCGACAAUGGGAAUGCAGCGCCCUUUAUGUCUUGAGUGGCGACGUCUGCCAUUGUGGUGUCUAUGAUGAAGACGGGUAUAAAAAUGUAUAGGUCCCUAUGCUGCUUACGGCGUGUGAUAUAAAAAUGGCACAUGAUUAUCCAUGAAAUUGGGAUAUAUUGGAUAUGAAUGAAUAUCAUUUGGUAAUUUGCUAAGCAAGGCUUUUGAGCGGCGGUGGCUGGACGGUGCCUGCAUAAUACAUGCAUCGCCAGCGCUUACAAGUGCCGGUGGGAGAUUGGCAGAGCAAGGCUGUAGUGCAGUUCAGUGCCAUUCUUGGCGAACGCACUGAAGGAAUGAUGUGCUUUAGCGCUGGUGGCGAUGGCAACUAGUGUCGCGUGCGCUGUAAGAAGCUGGACACGCUCCCAGUAAAUUAUUGGAUGGCACUGCUCUCUGGUAUAUUGCACCUCUCUAAUAUAAUACCUGCACUUGUGGGUAUAAUUACUGG